AUGGCAAGUGCCGCUGUCGUUGAUGCGGUGUGCGAUCGUGACUUUGCUGGUCUGAUAGAAUUCCUUCGUAUCGGUGAAUUCACCAUAGAAACGAGCUUCGGGGAGAACAGUGGUAGGACUCUAUUGCAUGAUGCCUGUUCAAACGGUGAUUUUGAGAUGGCGGAGUUCGCGUUGAACCACGGUGCUGAUGUAGACGCCAGGACAAAUGAUGGAGAUACGCCGUUGCAUGUCGCCUCCACCGUGGAUCAAGUCCAAGUGAUUCAACUUUUGUUGAAGCACGGUGCUGAUAUAGAAGCCAGGACAAAUGAUGGAUUCACGCCGUUGUGCGGCGCAUGUCUCGUCGAAGGCAAUGUCGAUGUGAUUCGAGUCUUAUUAGCCCAAGGUGCUGAGAUAGAAGCCAGGACAAAUGAUGGAAGUACCCCGUUGCACUGCGCGUGUCGCCAAGGCAAUUCCGAGGUGAUUCGAGUCCUUUUACCCUACCGUGCUGAUAUAAACGCCAGGAUAAAUGAUGGAAGUACCCUGUUGCACUGCGCGUGUCGCCAAGGCAAUUUCGAGGUGAUUCGAGUCCUUUUAGCCCAAGGUGCUGAUAUAGAAGCUAGGACAAAUGAUGGAUUCACGCCGUUGUGCGGCGCAUGUAUUGAAGGCAAUGUCGAUGUCGUUCGAGUCUUAUUAGCCUACGGUGCUGAUAAAGAAACCAAGAGUGUUGGACAUACCCCGUUGCAUUUCGCCUCCAGUAUGGGGCAAGUUCAAGUGGUUCAACUUUUAUUGAACCACAGUGCUGAUAUAAAAGCCAAGACAGAUGAUGGAAGUACCCCGUUGCACUGCGCGUGUCGCCAAGGCCAUUUCGAGGUGAUUCGAGUCCUUUUAGCCUAUGGUGCCGAGAUAGACGCCAGGGCAAAUUAUGGAAUUACGCCGUUGCUUCGUGCAUCUAUUCGUGGCAACGUCGAUGUGAUUCGAUUCUUAUUGAACCGCGGUGCUAGUAUUUUGACAAGUGCAAAAGAUGGAGUUACACCGUUGUAUUGUGCCGCUCGUCAAGGGCAUGCCGAAGCUGUUCGACUCUUGUUGAAUCGGGGUGCCGAUGUAGAAGCACGGACUAAUUCUGGUCAUACCGCAUUGCAUUCUGCGAGCAAUGAACGAGUGGUUCAAGAAUUGGCCGACCAUGGCGCUAAUGUGGACGCACGAGAUGGAUUCGGGUUGACACCUUUGUAUCAUGCUGCAAAGGACCAUCGCUUGGGAGUCCUGAAAAAGCUUUUGGACAGAGAUGCCGAUAUUGAAGCACAGGACCGUUUGAGACGUACGCCACUCGCUUUUGCAUGCCAUUACGGUUUUGUGGAGGCGGUUCGGCUGUUUCUGGACAGAGGUGCAAAUAUGGAAGCAAGGCCUAUUCCUGGAUUGACUCCAUUGGAUUUGGCAUGUCGUAGUGGUUGUGUGGAGGUCGUGCAAGUGCUUUUGAAUCGCGGUGCCGUCUAUGAGAGACCUAUUGAUGAAAUGACGCCAUUACAUUACGCAGCAAUUCAGCGGCAUAGAGAAGUCGUC